AUGAACGAACCGACAAUCCCACCGGCGGCAGCCCUAGGAGGUUUACGACCGGCGGCGACGAUGCCGGCUACAGCAGCCUCCGGGCCGAACCAACCGUCCUCCCAACCAUCAUCCUCCCAAACCUCUCAACAACAACCACAGCCACAACCCCAAAUUCAACUCCCUCCUGCCCCUUCGCACACCGGCCCGGCCAUCCCCGUAACCCUCACCGAAGCCGCCCUCGACUCACCGACCUUCCGCGCCACCGCCGUGCACUUCUCCGACCAGCUCGACGCCAUCGAACGCUGGCUGGAGAGCUACGCCCGCAGCACCUCGAAGCUGGUGCACGACGUGCUCGCGCUCGAGGACACGCUCGGCACGUACCUGUCCAAGAUCUCGCCGCCGGCGAUCGCCUCGCCCGUCGACUCGCACGUGCUCGACGCCGACUACACGCUGCCCGCGCUGCGGCGCGCCGGCGACGGCGCCCGCGACUGGUGGGGCGGCAUCCUGGCCGUCGUGCGCCGCCUCGAGCCCGCCAGCGUCGAGCCCAUCCGCGCCUACGUCCAGGGCGAGCUGCGCGCCUUCCGCGACACCCGCCGCGUCCUCGAGGCCGCCCAGAAGACCUUUGAUGCUACCCUCGCCCGCUACGUCGGCCAGAGCAAGACCAAGGAGCCCAGCUCGCUGCGCGAGGACGCUUUUGCCGUCUUUGAGACCCGCCGCGCGUAUCUGAAGGCGAGUUUGGACUACUGCCAGAUGGCGCCGCAGGUGCGGGCCGGGCUGGAUAAGCUGCUCGUGCGCGUCUGUGCCGACGUUGGGCGGGAGAUGCGCCGCGCGCGGGAGUCGACCGGCGUUGUUGGGCAGAGCGCAUGGGGUAAUGAGCUGGAGAGGAUUAGGGGUUGGGCGAGAGAGAUGGAGAUGACCGAGGCUGUGUUUAAGAGGGAGGCCCAGAUUGCGAGGCGGGAUAUUGGCGAGAGUACCCUGGCCGUGUAUAAGCCGUCGAGGGAGCUCGAAGACUACAGCAUCUCGACCGUGCCGUUCCUGGGCUCCAAGGGGCCGAUGAGCAUCCAGCGGAAGGACCAGGUCGCCGUCAUCUCGGAGAAGCAAGGGUGGCUAUUUUUGCGCGUGCUAGCUGGGAAGCCCGUCAGGACGACCUGGACACGCCGGUGGUAUUAUUGCCGCGAUGGUAUCUUCGGGUGGUUAAUCCAAGGCCCCCAGGGCGUGUUACAGGGUGACGAGAUCGGAGUGCUGCUGUGCAGCGCAAGGCCGGCGGUCCAGGAAGAGCGCCGGUUCUGCUUCGAGAUCAAAACCAAGACGCAGACCAUCAUGCUGCAGGCCGAGACGCAAUCGCAGCUGAUUGAGUGGCUCGAGGUGUUUGAGGUGGCCAAGAAGAAGGCGAUCGAGGCUAGCAUGGGCCGGGAUCAGAGCUCGCUCGUUGGAGGGACCGACCCGGCCUUCUCAAUUACUCCGCCGUCGAUUCCGGAGUUCUCGGCCAAGAUGCUCGACAACCUUGACGAGGCCGGCGCGGUAGAAAGGCAAACGACUCUCCCCGUUCCUGGCCAAGACGGAAACAUGGUGCGCGCGAGCUUCGACGCUCCUCCCCGCAGGGCGAUUACUACACACCUUGGCCGGGAGGAUGGCGAGAGCGGACGGGAGCAUGCCGCGCGCAUCAUGCAGAAGCUGGAUUUGCACCGAAAAACAGCCUUUGCGGGCUCGGACCCGUCCGGCACGGGGACAACAGGAGCUAGCAUGGCCUCGAGCACGGCGACCUCUCCCCAUCUCGGACACCCUCCUCCGCUGCGCGUCCCCAAUUCCCUGCUCGACCAGACCCCGGGAAGCCUGGCUCCUAUCACUUUGGCAAGGCCUCCCGUCGCGACAAAUCUGAGUAAAACUGCUAUCCUAGCAAGUGCCAACGCAGGAUCCUCUCGGGGCCUGCCGAGCGCGGUCCUCGCCAACUAUUGGGGAAGCAGUCCAUAUACGUCCAUGUACUGCCCCGGCCCCUCGAUCCCUAAUACUCCCAAGCCGGACAUGAGCGACCCCUUCGUGGCCACUGCUAUGCCUCGGACGCCAACGGUCGAGAAGCUGCCCGCCCCCGCCAACUCGCACAGGAAGACGGUGAGCGUGGAUGCCACGGCUGCAGACAUCCGAAUCCGAGAGCAGGCGCCGUCAGAGAAGUUCCCACUCAACUACCCUCCCGAACUGAGGGCGCAGUAUGCGCAGUUCCGGCUGUUCUUCCCGACAGCGCUACCAGACGACAAGCCCGUGUUGGUAUUCAACGCCGCUUGGUCCAGCGCGUCGCCCGACAGCAAAGACGCGGGGAUGGCCGGUAAUGGGCGCAUCUUCGUCACGCCGGACCGCAUGUACUUUUACGGUCACCAGAUGGGCUUGGUUGUGGCGUACGCCAUCAACCUCGACAGCAUCACGGAACUGACGGCUGCCCCGGGCCGGGAUUGCGAUUUCAUCUUCCUGCAUCUAAACCAGGACAUGCCGGACAUUACAUACUCGCGCAUCACCAUCAAAGUGUUCCUAGAGGACUUUUCGCUCCUUCAGUCACGCCUCAACCUCUUGGUUGAUGAUCUCCAGGCGGCAGAGCCGAUGGAGCUGUCCGAGAUUAUCGCGACACUGUCAACCCUGAACAAGGAGCAGGACGACAAGCGGAGCCCCAGCGUCGAGAGCUGGGAAGAGAUAUCAUCCAACACGCCGGCCGACAACGGCACACCAUUUGGCAGGCCCGUCCUGAGAAGGGGACAUGAAUCACACAACCGAUCCAGGUCGGGACGCGGGCUGAAGAAGUCGAACCAUAAGCUCCAGUUGCCCACGAACCCGGUAAUAUACGAGCCCGAAGGAAUGGGCAAAAGCGUGGCCGAGCGGCACUUUGAGAUUAGCGCCAAGUCAUGCUUCCAUGUGCUCUUUGGAGACAAGAGCUUCAUCCUCCCCAAGCUUUAUUUUGAGCGCGGCGCGAAGGACAUUACCCAAGGACCUUGGGAGCUGAAGGACCACGGUCUCAUGCGGCGGCAGUUCCGCUUCAAGGUUGAUUACGUCGACAUGCUAGGCCGCAAAAAACCCGUCGACGUCACUGACUCCCAAACCAUUGACGUUUUUAACGACCACAUCACCUACGUAGUCACGCACAUCAAGACCCCAUGGCACCUGCCACACUCGCACGCCUUCAAGCUCGUCACCAAGGUGGUCAUCACGCACCUCGCCAAAUCCAAGUGCAAGCUGGCCAUCUACACCAAGGCCGACUGGUCCAAGACGCCCACCUUCGCCUGGAAGAACAUGGUGCAGCGGCAGGCGCUCGACGACGCGGCCAACGAUGCCGACGAGGUCGCCGACAUCGCCACGGACCAUGUGCGCAAGCUCGGCCCGCACAGCCGCACCAAGCGCGCCAUCCAGGUGUACGGCAACAUUGGCCAGCAGACCCAGAUCGUCGUCUUCUCGCCCGACACGACCCCCGAGGGCCAGCAGCUGCUGCAGAAAUCCGGCGCGGCGGCCGUGCGCCCGCGCACGCUGACCGACAUGAUGCUGGAGACGGGGCGGUCGUUUAUGGAGAGCGCCAUCACCAGCGUCAUGAUGUGGGCCUUUGCCGCGGUCCGGCGCAUCUUCAAGAUUGCCAGCGCCAACAGGCUCAUCCUGCUGCUGCUGGCGGCGAGCGCGGCGUAUAACCUCGUCGUCAUCUCCCAGGCCAGCUCGACGUGGUGGGUCGAGCGCAAGUCGGCGCGGUACAUGAGCCGGCUGGGCGUCGGGCCGAACCUGAUGAUGAGCAAGGCCAUCUACCUGGCCGACCUGGACGAGGCAGCGGGCAACAACAACACCACUCUAGUCCCUCGCAAGGGCGGGAGCCAAUGCUACGACACCUUCCAAACCCUCCUCAACGCCACCGCCCUCAGCCUCGACGCACCCUACCAAGACACUACACCGCGCGCCGAGUUCGGCUCGGCCACCAGCCAGGCGACGGCGCGCCGGCUCCGACGCGUGCGCCAGCGCAUGGGCGCCUACCGCCACGACCUGCUUGUUGCUAUGCGUGUUGUUAAUAAGGUCGAGCUCGAGAUGCUGCACUCGGAGUGGGAGAGCUGGCUGGCGGGGGAGACGCGGCGCUGUGAGAGUGUGGGGGAUUUGUUGGCCAACGGUGGGGGUGGGGAACAGAGGGGUGGUGGUGGUGGGGGUGAGAGGGGGGAGGCGCCGGUGCAGAGUGUUAUGCAGGGUGAGGAAGGUGGUGGUGGUGGUGGUGGUGGUGGGGAGACACAGCGCCGGGCUGUGUUGAGGGAGUGGUUCGCAGAGUAUUGUUCGAGUUGUGCGGCGGAGGAGAGGAAGGCUUUGCAGAGGAUGGGGACGACCUUUUGAGGUUGGGAGAGAGAGUGUCAAAUGGGAUAGACGGGGGGCUGGGGGUGUUCUGCUGCGGAUAUAACAAGUUGUAAUCAUAAUUCGCGGCUGGAUAGCAUAGCAUUAGUUAGCGGGAGGCCGUCUUCGCUGAAGGACUAGGGCGUGGCCGGCUACAGAGCGGAGUAUAUCAAGAUUGUUUUCUGCUAUUUAUC